AUGUAUCUAUCUCAGUCUAUUCGCAUCUAUCUAUCUAUCUAUCUAUCUAUCUAUCUUAGUCUCUUACUCUCCAUAGAUAGAGAAAGAGAUAGAGAGAGAGAGAGAAAGAGUUCAGUUGUUCUAAUCUAUCUAUCUAUCUAUCUAUCUAUCUAUCUAUCUAUCUCUGUUCGUAUCUAUCUAUCUAUGGAACUACGUAUAUAUCUCAGCCAGUUCAUAUCUUGUCUACACGAAAUAUAUAUCAACCUGUCCGUUUCUCUCUCACUCUACCUCUUCCCUAUCUAUCUAUCUAUCUAUCUAUCUAUCUAUCUAUCUAUCUAUCUAUCUAUCUAUCUAUUCAAUUUUCUAUCCAUUUAUCGCAUUUCUUAUAUAUCUCAACCUGCACACUACAUCUCUCUCCCUUUAACUCUCCCGUAUCUAUCUAUCUAUCUAUCUAUCUAUCUAUCUAUCUAUCUAUCUAUCUAUCUAUCCAAUUUUCUAUCCAUUUAUCGCAUUUCUUAUAUAUCUCAACUUGUUAGUUUCUCUUUCACUCUCACUAUCUAUCUAUCUAUCUAUCUAUCUAUCUAUCUAUCUAUCUAUCUAUCUAUCUAUCGUCCUUUUUCAGUCAGUCCCUCUUUAUUCCCUUGCCAUUCCCUUCAAUCCUUUUCAGUUUUUAUCUCCUCCUUCUCUAUCCCUUGA